CAUCUUUUGCUAAUUAGGAAUGAAGACAUUUGAUUUAUUAUCUGCUUUAAAGUGGAUCUUAUGCGUCCGUUCUCUCAGCGUUUUAACACAACCCUGAUUGUAGUCGUGGUUUUCAUCUAAGUGAUAAGAAGUGCUGAUGCCUGUACAACAAGCGUUUGAAAAGGAGAUGUCAAUAGCCCAGAGAUGACUGGCCACAGCUGACAUUAGUUGACAAGAGUUCUAAAACACUUAAGUUUAUUAUUGUAGCUAUUCGGAACCAGACACCGUAUCUAAAUGAAAGGCAAAAAUGGAGGGCAUGGAAAUGAUAGCCAUCGCUGUUGUGAUCGGGCUAUUUAUUGUUGUGCUGAAACAGUUUGGGAUUUGGGAACCUUUGUCAUUAGAAGACAGCAGUGACAGUGACCUGGAGCUAUCCAUGGUACGCCACCAGCCAGAAGGCCUGGAGCAGCUCCAAGCUCACACCCAGUUCACCAGGAAGGAACUGCAGUCACUCUACAGGGGAUUCAAAAAUGAGUGCCCCAGUGGCUUAGUAGAUGAAGAAACCUUCAAGAGUAUUUACUCACAAUUUUUCCCUCAGGGAGAUGCCACCACUUACGCUCAUUUUCUGUUUAACGCAUUUGAUAUGGACCGGAAUGGCUCCAUCCGCUUUGAGGACUUUGUGCUGGGUCUGUCCGUGCUCCUCAGAGGCUCUGUGACGGAGAAGCUCCGAUGGGCUUUCAACCUGUAUGACAUCAACAAGGACGGUUAUGUCACUAAAGAGGAAAUGUUGGCAAUAAUGACCUCCAUCUAUGACAUGAUGGGACAGUAUACACUGCCCAGUGUGAGGGACGAUUCCCCAUUUGAGCAUGUGGAGAAGUUCUUCCAGAAAAUGGAUCGUAACAAAGAUGGAGUGGUGACUAUUGAAGAAUUUAUUGAAACAUGUCAGAAGGAUGAAAAUAUAAUGGCUUCCAUGCAACUUUUUGAGAAUGUUAUCUAGUCAAACCUCUAUAGACUGAUGCUGCAUUGUGCUUCCAGCUGCUACUUCCAGUGUCAAAUAACCAAAUUCUGACACAGUGGCACCAGGAUCUUCCAUUUUUGAUACAGAUUGCUAUAGGCUUUUACACUUCACUUUUAGUCAGGAAUAUAAAUGCAUGUUUAUCAGUUAUUGUUUAGCUUUUUUGUUUU